GGCAGGUGCUCUCAAAGGCCCCUGCAGUCCUCCACUUCCUGAGGAGGUGGCGGCAGAACAAAGCCAGAAGAGACCCCUUUUCUCUUCGUCGUCCCAGCCACGGCCGCCUCAGCGUCUGCCUCCCAGCCCCAUCCUGGGAGAAAGGACGAGAUGAAGUGGAAGGCGCUUGUUAUCAUGGCCGUCCUGCAGGCACAGUUUCCAAUGACAGAGGCACAGAGCUUUGGCCUGCUGGAUCCCAAACUCUGCUACCUGCUGGACGGAAUCCUCUUCAUCUAUGGCGUCAUUAUCACUGCUCUGUUCCUGAGAGCAAAGUUCAGCAGGAGCGCUGCCGUCCCCGAGCACCAGCAGGGCCAGAACCAGCUCUAUAACGAGCUCAAUCUAGGACGAAGAGAGGAGUACGACAUUUUGGAUAAGAGACGGGGCCAGGACCCUGAAAUGGGAGGGAAGCAGCAGAGGAAGAGGAAUCCUCAGGAAGGCCUGUACAAUGCAUUGCAGAAAGACAAGAUGGCAGAAGCCUACAGUGAGAUUAGGGUAAAGGGCGAGAACCAGCGGCGAAGAGGCAAGGGGCAGGAUGUCCUGUACCAGGGGCUCAGCACGGCCACCAAGGACACCUAUGAUGCCCUCCACAUGCAGGCCCUGCCCCCUCGCUAAUGGGGUUUCAUCACUCCCGGGCCAGACCUGCGGACGCCCAGAUUGUGAGACACAGGAUACAGCAUUGACAGCCCACUUCUCUCGUAUUUUGCGGCCACCCAAGUGUUCCUCUUUGUGACUAGGGUGCUUUGGCCAUCCGAUUCCAAACCAUCCCACCCAGAAUCUUGUCCCUGGACUCUUUAGGGGAGUGUGUGCCCCAGGGUGACAGCCCUGGCCUUGGGCCUUCUGGUUUGCUGGUGACCAGGGGCAGACCCCUCUCCUGGCGGCUCCGCGCUGUCACUGGGAGGCGGCACACUCCCUGUCACAGCUGUGUUGUUGAGCUGUGUUUUGUGAAGUCCCCGGAAAAGCCCCAGUCGCUAGCACAUGUCCUGAUAGUCUGUGUGGUUCGGUCAGUAUUUGAGUGGCUUCGCUCCUGCUGUAAAUUUGGUUUCUGCUGUCAGUCUUCCCCUCCUCUCAAGGCCACUUGUAACUGGGCUGUGUCGCCUGCCAGGGAGAGGGCUGGGCACUGGGGAAGAGCCUGGGCAAGGGUGCUGCGGGGGGACGUCGGUGGGGAAGGUAUGGGGCAGGGAGAGGUGGCGGAGGGUCAGCGCGGGGCCUGCAUCCCACAUCCUCACAUGGGUGCCAGCACUGGAAGACGAACGACACUGGCCCCGAGCUGUGAGCAAACUGGCAUAAAAACAGUGUCAUUACACAGUACAGACGGAGCGCAGGGGAGCAGGAGCAGGAAGCACGGCUGAGUUCUUCCCAGGCUCCUGGCUCGCCUCCGCUUGCAGGGAAUGAAUGAGAAACCCACCAUCGCGAAAGCCUCCAAGGAAGACCCAGCACCACGGGACCUGUCGGGACCCCAGAGGACAGGGGCUCGACGGGGAAAACCUCAGUGCACCUCACUAGAACCUUGCUGUGUAAUUAAAGGG